UCCAUCGCGCGCCAUGCGUCCAAAAACAUAACAAAAUUACAUAAUUCAACCCCUCAUAUUCUUUUAAUUUCAACACUAACAGUGCAUACCGUGACUCUAGUGAAGUGUUCGCAAUAUUUUGUACAGUUCAUGACAACGGUCCAUGGAAAACGCAAUCAAGAAAUGAGACGUAAACGGCCACACUCAUCGGGCGCCGCGUGGUGAUCAUAGCCAUGUCCGUGGACGUCACGAAGAUGCGUUACCUCCUAUUUUGCCUCCUCUCUCUGUCACUCCACAUAAACUUUGCGUUCGUUCUCGACAAACAGAAUCCAUACUCGCAGUUUAGGAAGUGGAACGCCGGCCUCAACGGCACAUUGGAACUUGAGUUUAAAACGGACCAACCGAACGGUCUACUUUUGUACACGGACGACGGUGGCACUUACGACUUUUUCGAGUUAAAGCUAGUGAAUGGUGCGUUGCGAUUGAGGUACAAUUUGGGCGGUGGUGCACAGAUUAUCACGGUUGGCAGCAAUUUGAAUGAUGGCCACUGGCACAAAGUUCAGGUGGCCCGCCGUGACGAGCACACGUCCCUCUCAGUGGACGGCGUCACGCAAAGCAAAACGUCACGCGGCAAGGAAUACGCUUUUGGAAAAUUUACAACCAAUUCUGAUGUCUUCGUGGGCGGCAUACCACCAUCAUAUAACUCCAAGCUGUCAACGCUAGCACUACCGUCCGUGAUCUUCGAGCCCAAGUUUAAAGGGGCUGUGAGGAACUUGGUGUAUUCAGACCUGCCGGGGCAACCGCCUCGGAGGCAAGAGCUCAGACACUCGAGGGAUCUGAAGUCGUCCCGCAUAACCAACGCGAGCGGGGACGCGUGCGAGCGGCGCGAUCCGUGCCAGCAUGGAGGUGUGUGUAUUAGCACGGACGACGGGCCCAUCUGCGAGUGUCGAGAUGGAGAUUAUGAAGGCGCUUUUUGUGAACGAGACAAAGCGCCCUCCGAAGCAACGUUCCGAGGCGCUGAGUUCCUCUCGUACGACUUGACGCAGACGGGAGGAGAGCCCAUCGUCAGCACGCAGGAUGCCAUCUCACUGUACUUUAAGACGAGACAACCUAAUGGAUUACUGUUUUAUACUGGCCACGAAGCAGACUACCUAAACCUAGCGGUACGCGACGGUGGUCUGUCCCUCACGAUGGGUCUCGGGAACGGCAAGCAGGAGAUGCACAUCAAGCCCUCGAAGACCAGGUUCGAUGACCAUCAGUGGCACAAGCUUACUGUGAGGCGGAAAAUACAGGAGAUAACACCUUUCACCAGUUUUUGUCGGGUAUCAGCGGUAGUAGACGACGUGUACUCGGAGCACGCGCACGUGGCGGGCUCGUUCACGAUGCUAGCGAGCUCGCGCGCGCACGUGGGCGGCUCGCUCAACACGCGCGCGCUGCCCGGCGCACGAGUGCACACUAACUUCAUCGGCUGCUUGAAGAAGGUGGAAUUCUCAGCGGAUACACUUAGACUGAACCUCAUAGACCUGGCGCGGACGGGCAGCAAACUGAUCACGGUCACGGGCCGGCUGGAAUACGCUUGUACGGCCACGGACUCGGCUGAUCCCGUCACUUUUGUGACUAGAGACGCGCAUUUGAUUUUACCAAAAUGGGAAGCAGUGAAAACGGGAACAAUAUCAUUCAAGUUCCGAACCAACGAACCGAACGGCUUAAUCCUCUUCAACAUGGGCGCGAAGCCACCAAGGGCGGAUCUGUUUGCUGUGGAAAUGUUGAAUGGGUAUAUUUAUGUCCACAUGGAUCUGGGAUCUGGUGGGGUUCGCGUGAGAGCCUCUAGGAGGAGGGUUGAUGAUUCACAUUGGCACGAAUUUUUAUUGAGAAGAACGGGGAGGGAUGGGAGGGUUACUGUUGAUGGCGCUAAUGCUGAAUUUAAAACGCCAGGGGAAUCGAACCAACUCGAGUUAGACGGGCCGCUAUUCGUGGGGGGUCUGGGCGCGGAGUACAGUGCGGCGCGCACGCCGGCCGCGCUGUGGACGGCGGCGCUGCGGCAGGGCUUCGUGGGCUGCGUGCGCGACCUCGUGCUCAACGGGAAGCCGCAGGACCUCACUGCGUACGCGCGCCAGCAGGACUCGGCAUCAGUCCGACCAGCCUGCCACGUGCUAAUGAAGCAGUGCGUGAGUUCCCCGUGCCAGCACGGCGGCGUGUGCUCGGAGGGCUGGAACCGACCGCUCUGUGACUGCUCUGCUACUAAUUAUGGCGGACCUACUUGUGGGAGAGAAUCUCCAACAAUAUUCCUAAACGGGAGUCAGCACCUCACAGCAUCCCUCGGUCCAGAGCACGUGACGCAAACAGAAGAGUUGUUACUCCGGUUCAAGACAAGUAAAGCCGGGUUGUUGCUGAGAACUGCGUCAGAACACUCAGCUGAUAGGAUCGAGCUGGCUGUCGCUGCGGGGAGAGUCAGGGCUAGUGUUAGACUGGGGGAUAGGGAAAAGAACCUGCUGGCGGGCGCCAACGCGGCGGACGGGUCGUGGCACACGGUGCGGUUCUCGCGGCGCGCGUCCAACCUCAAGCUGCAGGUAGACGGCGGGCAGCCGGUGCGCGGUACGUUAUCUGAAACAAUUCUAGGGAAAGCUUCUACUUUAGAAAUAUCGACUAUACAUCUCGGUGGAUUAUUCCACCCGGAAGAAGAAAUACAGAUGACAUCAACACUGCCAAACUUUGUUGGAUAUUUGCAAAAGUUUAUUUUUAAUGGCAUAAAAUAUAUAGAUCUAGCAAAGACGCUGGGGGUUGGAUCAACUGAAGAAAACAAUAAUAUUGAAGAUACAUCUAACAUUUUAUUUACUGGGAAAUUCGUAAAGCCCGACGCUCUUAACGUGUACAAAGCAGUCACAUUUAAAUCGAAACAUACAUACGUUGGACUGCCACUUUUAAAAGCGUAUGCGAACACGUAUUUAGAUUUUUAUUUCCGAACGACGGAUAUGGAUGGUCUAUUAUUCUAUAAUGGUGGGAAAAAACAAGAUUUUAUAGCGAUUGAAUUAGUAAAUGGACACAUACAUUGUGUGUUUAACCUUGGAGACGGUGUGGUCACUAUGAAAGACAAGUUAAAGAAUUUCCUAAAUGACAAUAGAUGGCAUACAGUAUCGAUAAGACGACCAACGCCCAAAGUGCAUACAUUACAAGUUGAUGAUGAUUUGGAAAUGCACACUACAAGUUCAAAUCUAAUGCUAGAAUUAGACAGCGUAUUAUACGUCGGUGGUGUUCCCAAAGACAUGUAUACGGCAUUACCAGUAGGAGUGUUAUCCAGACAGGGUUUCGAAGGUUGCAUGUCUAGUUUGGAUCUGCCUGGAGAGUCUCCAUCUUUGAUUGAAGAUGCUGUUGUACCUAGUUCUUCUUUAGUUUCAGGAUGUGAAGGUCCAACAAAAUGCACACACAAUGCUUGCGCUAACAAGGGUGUAUGUGUGCAGCAGUGGAACACGUAUGUGUGUGACUGUGACCUCACGUCAUUCACUGGGCCUACGUGUUAUGACGAAUCAAUAGCAUACGAAUUCGGUCCCGGGCGCGGUAUAAUCACGUACACGUUCCCACCGAGCGCGGUCGCGGACACGGAGACGGACCGCGUGGCCGUCGGCUUCGUCACCAGCAAGGCGGACGCGGUUAUAGUGCGGGUCGAGUCUGCUAACACGCAGGACUAUAUGCAGAUGGAGAUUAUCCGCGGCAACCUGUUCGUGGUAUACAACGUGGGUGACGGCGAGCACCCACUCGGUGACGAGGCCGCACGCGUGGACGACGGCGCGUACCACGUGGCGAGCUUCACGCGCAACGGGAGCCGCGCCGCGCUGCAGCUCGACAACUACGCGGUCAACCUGCGGCACCCGCACGGCGGUCAACAAUCCACAAUAUUCAACAGCAUGUCGCGCAUCAUAGUGGGCGGCGGUGCGGGCGGGGCUCGGUCCUUCAGCGGCGUGCUCGCCGGGCUCGUGGCCGGCGCCCGCCGGGUGCUCGACCUGGCGGCUGCUGGGGACCCGGCGGUCACGGUCCGGGGAGAUGCGAGGAGGGCUGCUGCACCGCUUGAUAGAGAUAUUAAUCGCAUGCAACAGACGCCCCCGUCGGGCUACGGCGGCGCCGGAGCGCUGGACGAGCUGGUGUACUCGGGCGCGGGGUCGGGGUGCCGGGACGACGACGAGGACGCGUGCGCGCUGCCCGACGCCGGCUCGGGGGACGACCUCAUCACGCCCGUCUACGUGCCCAGCACGCGCCGCCCGCCCAGCCACAGGAAGGGAGAUAUCAGCGGUAAACUGAUGAAGCCGUGUGACGAUGAAGACUGCAUAGAAGGUUCUGGAUCAAACGGAGAAGAAAUUACAGAACCAGAACAUCCUAUUACAACGGCUGGAAUAAGCAGCACACACAGUAUGACGUCACCAACGACAGCAAUAUCCACAGAGCACGUGGACAAAGCGAUAUCCAGCUCCACGGAUACAGAGAGCAGCGUGACCACGAAGAGUGACCACGACCGUGACCGUGACCGUGACCGCACUACAUUACCUGACCACGAUAAUAUGCACGCGGGCACUGUGGACACUGCUACCACUCCAGAGAAGGGAACUACGCCUACUGAAGAGCACACGCACACAAGCAACCAGUUCACGCCCACAGUGACGCGACACACAGAGUCCACGCACACCACUGAAGAGGAAAUACCAGACUACGAAGACCAUAGACACACCAAGAUCCCAACCAGAUCUCCAUACGGUAUAGAUGAAGGGAUCCCGGGAAGCUAUCCCGGGUAUAACGGGCACGAACCAGAGAUAACAACUAAGUGGUAUCAUCCGAAAGCCACGGAUAAUAGAGUCGUGCCGCCCGAGUCGGAGUUCUUUGCUACGAUUGUUGGUAUCGUAGCAUCAGUACUGAUAGCGAUAAUCCUGAUAGUGAUAAUAGUGCUGAAGCUGAUGUUCAAGCUGGACCCGUCGUACAAGGUCACUGAGGACAAGAGCUACCAGCAGAGCGCUAGUGCUGCGCUGUUGGGGAAUCAGGCCCACUCCAGCUACCAAUCAGGUGCAGCAGCCAACGGUUCAGGAGCGCGCGGUCUGCAGCCGCUCGCACUGGGCCGCGCUGCACCACUACCGCCGCAACCCGUCAAACGGGAUGGGAUCAAGGAGUGGUACGUGUAG